AUCUUGAUGAUAUUCGGAAAAUUGACCUCAACUUGGCCACCAGACCCUAAUUCAAAUAAAUUUUCAAAGCUGGCCAAAGAAUUUCUGUGGACUAUUUUUUUCCUCAAUGUCAUUGGACUUCUGGUCCCACUUUUUCUAGGCGCUUAUUAUAAUAGACGUGAAAUUAUUUUGAUGAUGAAAUCCUUGUCCGAAUUAACUGCACUGGGAGAUGUUUUUUUCAAUUUACUACUUUGUAGAAUUCAGCGCCGUCAAUUAUUUGUUUUGUUAAAAGAAAUAGCUGACUAUAUAAAAACAAUAAAAGAAAAUGAAAAAGUUGUAUUUCGUAAAUAUGUGAGCCGUUACUUUCCAUUUUGUACUUUUGUGGGGCUUUCGUAUUUUCAAACAGCCAUAGCCUUUUCAUGUGGGCCACUUUUUAUGAAGCAAAUACUACCAGCAGACACUUGGUACCCUUUUGGAAUAAAACCUUUCACAACACGACACUAUAUUAUAUAUAUUCAGCAAAUUUUGGCUAUUUUGCAAACGGGAAUGGGCAUUACCGUUGAUUUUAUGGUCGCCCUGCUACUGAGUUACUCUUCAACGAAAUUAGAAUUACUCUCAAACAAAUUGCAAGAUGUAACAAAUAAUGAAGAGCUCAAAAUUUGCAUAUACGAGCACCAAAAUUGCAUACGAUUUGUAAGACAACUUUGCCAUUCUGUAAAAUUUAUCAUUUUGAAAAGUAACGCGACCAUGGCUAUGGCUGUAAUUUUUGGGGCGAUCCCGCUUAUUUAUCGUCAACCUCUUCCAGUAUUAUCACAGUUUAUUUUAAUGGUAUUUGGCGGAUGUAUGAGACUGUACAUAAGUGCUUGGCCGGCUGACGAUCUGCGUGAGAUGAGUGAGAAAGUCGCCUGGUCCGUCUAUGAGUCUUCGUGGAUUGGAAAUUCGAAAAAAUUGCAACAGUCGACGGCAAUUAUCAUCCGUCGAGCUCAAAAGCCUCUCGUCAUAUCAAUUGUCGGGAUUCUUCCUGCUCUUACUCUUCAAUUUUAUGCCACCUUUUUAUCAACUACUCUUUCAUACUUCAUGACCCUCCGUGCAGUGUUGGGAGAAUAA